UUGGUUGCCGCCGCCGGCUAGCGAGACCCGCGCGAGACCCGGUGCAUGCAAAACGAGAUGUAACGUCGCGAUCAAUCCACGUUCUCGUUCAUCGCCGGCGCCCGAUAAGCCCAUCGCCGAUACCCUUCCGUGUGGAGGUCAGAAUGCGUCCACGAUCGCGCGAGGCAUCGUCGUCGUCGUCGUCGUCGUGGUGCUGCACUCCCGCGUGCGGCCGAACUGCAACGUUCCCCGGCGCUCGCCCGUCAUGUCACGAAGCAUCAAUCGCAUGAAUCACCAUCCACGGCCGUCGCAGCUCGAUCGUCCGUCUUAUCGGCCUCCGGAGACUAGGAAGGAAGACAGCCGAUUUUCCAUUCCAGGAAGAGGCGCCGACACGGCCUGAGGAAAGAUGUCCACGGCGCUGCUGGCCCUCUUCGCCGUGAUCCUGUGCAUCCUGUUCAGGAUACUGAACGUGAACAGCGCGCCGCAGAGGCCCCUCCUCGUCUGCAAGGACCAGUCCUUCCUGACGACGGUGCUCAAGAUCGCGCCGGUCAUCGCCGAGCCGUACAAGCCAACGAGGUUGUGGGGUUUCAGCGGCCACGUACAAACUAUCGUCCACAGCAUUAUAGGACGUGUUCGGUGUCCUUGGCCCAUUGGAGAACGCGUCUACAUCGGCCUUCCGGAUGGGACCACCCUUACGUACGAUCUUUAUCAACCGCUGACUAAUGGACACGAAGAUGACAUAACGAUAGCCAUCUGUCCUGGUAUUGGCAACACCUCGGAGAGCGUGUACAUCAGGACGUUCGUGCAUUUUGUGCAAUGUCACGGAUAUCGAUGCGCAGUACUUAAUCACGUCGGGGCCCUUUCCAGUGUCAAGAUCACGGCACCAAGAAUAUUUUCUUACGGUCACACGGAAGAUUAUAGCGCGAUGCUACAACAUCUAAUAGAACAGCACCCUAACACCAAAAUAGUUUGUGUCGGAUAUAGUCUGGGUGGUAAUUUAGUAACGAAAUAUUUAGGAGAACAUGGUUCCAACAAAUUGCCUAAUAUUAUAGGAGGGAUAUCGAUUUGCCAAGGUUACAAUGCUCUCAAGGGAACGAAAAUGCUAUUAAACUGGCAGAAUUUUAGACGCUUUUACCUCUACGUAAUGACAGAAUCGAUGAAGAAUCUUAUUCUCAAACAUAAAAACAUGCUUUUGUGCGAGGAUGUAAAACAGAGGUGUAACUUGAACGAGCGAGACAUAAUUUCCGCUGCAACGUUACCCGAGCUGGACGAAGCUUACACGAGGAGGGUACACAACUUCAGGUCUGUGCAGGAAUUGUACAAAUGGAGUAGUUGCGUUUUUUAUCUAGACAAUAUCACAACGCCGAUGGUAUUCAUCAACGCGUUAGACGAUCCCCUCGUACCGGAGGUGUUGUUAAAUCCAAUCAAAAAGCACGCGGCAAAUCACUUAAAUAUAUUAUACGUGGAACUAGCCCACGGAGGCCACCUAGGUUUUUACGAAGGAGGCCUUCUGUAUCCAAAUCCUAUAACAUGGCUGGAUCGAACCCUAGUGUCCCUCGUGGGCUCUCUGACUCUAGCGCACGCGGACAAGGCUCUCAAGGCCUCUUAACCCAAUUUAGUUCCGUCAAUAUACUUGUAUUAUCGGAUGUUAAUCGACAAUGUGUCACACAUUGUGAUUAUCAAGUGUGAAAUCAAGUACUGUGCACAUGUUCCACGUUUAUAGAUAAUCGCGACGAUCUAUAACGAAGCUGCAAUAAGACUGCAAUGAAAAUGGAAGAAACGGCAAAUUGUAAAUUAAAAAGUAUGCGGUAUACGCUUUGGCCAUUUCACGAAGUGAAGUAAACAGGAUCUUUUAUAAACGAUACGGCGAAAAUAUAAAUGAUAAGCGCGACUGUAAAAUAACAAACGUUUGCUCACUGACAUUUUUGAAAUUGAGUAUAGUUCUGAAACGCUAGCCAAAUUGCGCGACUAUUUAUAUGUAGUUAUAAUUAGUAGAAUUUUCUUAUUUUGCAAUGGGGCACAAUCAAAAUUAGACAUUUAUUUAUUAAAAAAAAAAAAAGAAAUAGAAAUGUGAAAUGAAUUUUCAAUAUUUUACUAAAUACUAACGCUUCUUUCUCAGGGAUCUUCUAUAGAGCGACGAUUUGAUGAUAGGACUUUCUGUGGUCCUUAACAGGUUACUAGAACAGCUCACUAUAUAAGCGUUUAAUCAUAAUACACAUUGGAUGUGAAUUCAAUACAGAGUAUCUUGUGUACUUUUCACCAAGAAAAAAAACUUGUAUUUAUGUACAAUACGUGUAUUAAUAUAAGAUGUAUAUUAACUUAAAACAUAUUUAUAAGCGCGUCUGAAAUGUGUCCAUUUCUAAGAUUAUUAGCUUUAUCGAUAUGGAAGGUUCACUCGUUGUAUAUACGCAAUAAACGAUGUGCAUUAUUCAUUGUUCCGGAAUUGGUGAUAACGUUAGAUUUGCAAGGAAAUUACUAUUAAAUUUAGUGUUCAAAUCUAAAAUGGGAAAGUCUGAAAUCAUAAGUAUACCUCAGAGUAUACCUAAAAACGUAUACACGAAAUUUUGUAAAUAAUACAUUUUUUAGCUAGAAUUGUAUGACAAAUUACUACAAAAAAUAUGAGUUCAACAAAUUCAACAUUAUUACCACCGGAUUAAUACAGAUAAUCAGUUUGCAUUGUAUAAUAUGCAAAUUUGUUUAUUUGUAGAAUCGGAAAGCCUUCGACGUAAUCAAAAUUGUAUCCGCAUUCAAUAUUAUAAGCGAUAUAUAUUACUUGAUGCAAAGACAUUAAGCACUGUGGGAUAUUAUGUCGCACGUUGAAUUAUUUGCGGUACCAGAGUAUUCUUUUUAUUAUCCGAUUUAAAUGUACUCUUAUUACUAUGAUGCAAUGAUAAAUGUACGAUGUUUAACUUAUUAUAUCUCAUACGUUGCGUUCGAAAUAUCUUGUUUGUCCACGAAGUUUAUCAAAUUUUAGUCGAAAAUAUGGAAUAUGACAAAUUAAUGCUACAUUAAAUGAUAUUGUAUAUCGUACAUUUAUCGUCGUGAUAAAAAAUACCAAAUAUUUUUUUGAUUUAUCUCAAUGCAUCCAUAUUGAUAAAGUUGAUUGCAAUAUGCAAUAAUUUCACAUAAUAUAUUUUGAUGGAGAUAGGUUUAUUAAUUACCAUGCAUCUGUAUCGAUAGUAUGGUUUAACUAUGGUAUUUAUUUCCUAUUGUAACAAUUUAAUGAGAAUAUUCUCAUAAACGGUACUAAUAAUGAUUGUGGGCAAUUCCACGUUAAAUUAAGUAGCAAAGAAGCAAAGAAUUCUUUUUGAAUCUUUUUGCACUUGUAUAUAAUAUAUUUAUGUAAAACUUCAAUGCCAUAAUGAUGAGACAUCGAAUUUUUCACGUAUAUGAAUUUUGAUAUUAUGAUGUCUUUAAAACGUUUCAAUUAUUAAAGAUAAAACAGAUUUAAAAAAUUAAACUUAAGUUGAAAGAUUCAAUGACCAAUCCACCAAUUUAAAAUGCAUUUAUUAUUACAUGCAGUUGUAUGUGAAUAGAUUUUUAUAAAUAACAUUUCUAUUUAAA